GUGUGUGUGUGUGUGUGUGUGUGUGUGGUCAGGUGUGUGUGUGUGUGUGGUCAGGUGUGUGUGUGUGUGUGUGUGUGUGUGUGUGUAGGUGUAUGGAGAAGAUGCGUGGAUGGACAGGGGUGUAUGUGGUCAGGUGUAUGGAGAGGAUGUGUGGAUGGACAGGGGUGUAUGUGGUCAGGUGUAUGGAGAGGAUGUGUGGAUGGACAGGGGUGUAUGUGGUCAGGUGUAUGGAGAGGAUGUGUGGAUGGACAGGGGUGUAUGUUGAGGUUGGGUGUAUGUGGUCAGGUGUAUGGAGAAGAUGUGUGGAUGGACAGAGGUGUAUGUGGUCAGGUGUAUGGAGAAGAUGUGUGGAUGGACAGAGGUGUAUGUGGUCAGAUGUAUGGAGAGGAUGUGUGGAUGGACAGGGGUGUAUGUGGUCAGAUGUAUGGAGAAGAUGUGUGGAUGGACAGGGGUGUAUGUGGUCAGAUGUAUGGAGAGGAUGUGUGGAUGGACAGGGGUGUAUGUGGUCAGAUGUAUGGAGAAGAUGUGUGGAUGGACAGGGGUGUAUGUGGUCAGGUGUAUGGAGAGGAUGUGUGGAUGGACAGGGGUGUAUGUUGAGGUUGGGUGUAUGUGGUCAGGUGAAUGGAGAAGAUGUGUAUGUUGAGGUUGGGUGUAUGUGGUCAGGUGUAUGGAGAAGAUGUGUGGAUGGACAGGGCUUGAAUGUUGAGGUUGGGUGUAUGUGGUCAGGUGUAUGGAGAGGAUGUGUGGAUGGACAGGGGUGUAUGUGGUCAGGUGUAUGGAGAGGAUGUGUGGAUGGACAGGGGUGUAUGUUGAGGUUGGGUGUAUGUGGUCAGGUGAAUGGAGAAGAUGUGUAUGUUGAGGUUGGGUGUAUGUGGUCAGGUGUAUGGAGAGGAUGUGUGGAUGGACAGGGGUGUAUGUUGAGGUUGGGUGGCCUUUUGAAGUGUCGUCACGUUGAUGGUGCCACACCUCUGCUGCUCACCAAAUUAACUAAAUCACUCUGCUACCCAAGGCAGGAAAAGUAACACAUAUUAUAAUUGUGUGACAUUUUGGUAAUGACCACACUGACAUUUCAGACUGACACCUUUUUCCCUCUCUUUCUUUGGGUACCUUUUUUUUUUUGGUCCCUUACAUUUUAAAGGGUAAUGAUACAGAAUGACGUUUUUUACGCUUUGAAAACCAGGAGCCUUCUCGCAGCUCCAAAUCAUCCUCUCUCGUUUUUGUUUGACCGCUUCAAGUCUCACUCACGGACCGAUCAAAGAGUGUCAAGAAACACUUUCCCAUGUGCCUUGUCGGCAAACCAAAUGUCACCCCAUUAACAGGAAUCAUGCUUCCCCACAGAUAAGAUGUGUUGAAAGGGGCCUGUUAAGUUCCCGUCUCUUCUCAAACACCGACGGAAAUAUUCCUCCACGACUAAAUUGGCACCAUUAUGGCUGAGCAUUUCUACCCGAAAAUAUGAAUUUGAGUUAAUGAUUCAAUUAUUUGGUAACUUACUGUUACUAAUACCCUGUUAUCUAGGGAUUUUUUUUCAACGGCAGACGUGAGCUGCAUCCGUAUAGCGGUAACAUACAUCAUAUGUUCCUGAAACAUUUCAGCUAAUGUCAGGUGAUUCCUCCGUUGAUCUUCAGUGCGACUUCUGUCCGUGCACGGCUCUCUGUAGAAAUCUGAACACUACAUUACAUUCAUGACGCCGGUCCUUCC